UCUUCCAGCAACACCGGCUCCUAUGGAUCAUCAGGCAACGAUUCCUAUGGAUCAAAGAAAGACAACGAUUCCUAUGGUUCCUCCGGCCGUUCUGGAAACAACGACAGCUACGGAUCGAACAAGUCUUCCAGCAACACCGGCUCCUAUGGAUCAUCAGGCAACGAUUCCUAUGGGUCAAAGAAAGACAGCGAUUCCUAUGGUUCCUCCGGCCGUGGCAAUGACAGCUAUGGCUCUAAGUCCAGAGAUGAUGACAGCUACGGCUCAUCUGGCCGUUCUGGCAACACCUAUGGCUCUGGCUCUGGCAAUGACAAUGAUUCUUAUGGAUCCAAGUCUCGUACUUCUGGAAACACCUACGGCUCUAAUGACAACGACAACGACACCUACUCGUCAUCCAAGAAGUCUGGCAACACCUACGGCUGGAGCAAUGACGACUCCUACGGAUCCAAGUCUCGCACCGAUAACACCAGCUCUAGCUACUCCCGAACUGACAAUGACGAUGACAACGAGAAUAAGUCCGCUACCUCCAAGGUCCUCGGCAAGGUUGGUGAAAUGAUUGGCAACAAGCUGUCUGGUAGCGGUCACGGAGAUUCCAGCUCCAACUACUAA